CAGGAAGUAUUUGUGUGCAUCGCUGUCUUUCAUCAGAAGGAAAGGAGACAAAUAACGGACUUUUUAUUCCUUUCAAACGUAGCAUGUGACUACGACCCACCAGAAGCUGGGAGCAACAUGGUGCGAAGUAACUAUGUCUCCAACGGCGUCGGGACUAUAUUGGUCUACAACUGCACCGAUGGGUACUUCGUCCCACCGACGAAGAUUGGCAUUGAACCUGUACCUUGGACUAAUGUCACCUGCAGCGCAAACAAGACCUGGAUACCUGAGAAUUACUCUCCUUACUGUGCCGGACUGUGUCUGGAUGACCCCAUAGACGCAACGCUGCCCCUUAUCAACUCUACCUGGAAUGGAAUAGACAGAGAAAUUGGGUCUCAGGUGGUCAUCUCGUGCCCCACUGGAUACUACUUCACCGACAUGAACCAGACGCUGGUGAUCACAUGCGAGGAAGACGGCCUUUGGACAAACUACAGUUCAGGUCUGCUGAUUUGUAGAAAACCGGCCGUCGGUAUCCCCCCGGACACCCCAGAGGGGGCAAUACUCGCUCAAAAUAUGAGCCGGUAUUGGUUGGGUGACGUCAUGAACUUCAGCUGCGAGCCUCCGCAAAUGAGCGCCAGCGGAGAGACCUACGUCACGGCCGAGAGCACCGGCGACGGUUGGACGGUGGUAGAUCCGGAAUUCUCUUGUCAAAAUGCCUGCCUUGGCGCCCCACCCAACACGACCCGGGGCGUGACCUACGACUACACGGGCGUUCGCAUCUGGGGCACGCGAGUCAACUACCGGUGCGAGGGCGCCUUCGUCCCGUCCUUCUCCGCCUCCUUCAGCGUCACCUGCGACAACGGAAGCUGGUCCUCGGACGUGGUUCCCAUUUGCCGUUCGAUUCCCGCCACAGGAAGUGAAAGCUUCCUUGCUAAUAUCUCCCGCUCGGAAAUAGGCCUAUACGGUAAUUAGCGUAUCCUGCACAGUGUGAGAAAUCAUAGACGCUGAUGAAGUCGAUGUGGCUUUUAAAAUACACAUAAAUAUUCAGUAAGAAAGUGUAGUAUGUUCAGAUGUAUAGCUGUAUACAUACACGCACGAACACACACACACACAUAACACCUCUAGUACCAUCUUCCAACCUACAGCCGCUAUAAAUGGCGGCGAGCAGCCGACAUUGGUGACCAAAGUCACCAAACUUUCCGAUUCGUAACUCGCCUAUAUUCUGGGUUUUUUUCCAUCUGUCCAUCCGCCUGUGGUGUUUGCGCAUGGUAACACUGCGUCCCGAGCUUUAAAUAAUAUCAUAUUUCGAAUAUUAAGAGUGUAAUUUGCAUACAGUAAAUUAUCAAAACACUUUUCAGUUGCUAAUGUACACCAAGAUAUCCUUUUAUUUACCUAAAACUUACACAUAGCGAUAGCGUAACUAUUUAAAGCCCGGGACGCAGUGUUACCAUGCGCGACCACCACAACCGGAUGGACAGAUGGAAAAAAACAGAGUAUAUAUAAUUAUCAGUAUAUCAUGUGGAAUGACUGUAAUGACCAAGUAUGAUUUUAAUUUUGCAUCGAAACUCACUAAAAGGGGGUGUCAAAAUGGGGUAUUUUGAGACAAAGUUUGCCAGAAAUGAAUGUUGCAAAGAACAACUGUAGAUUGGUGGCGGUAAGUUGUUCUAAAAUCUCUAGACAUAAUAGAUUUUUUUUUUUUUGGAAUGAAUUCUGAUUCCUUCAGAAUAACCCUAGAUUCUUGAUAGGCUUUGAGAUAUUGACUAUUAAUCCUGGUAUUCAGUUCAUACUAAAUAUAAGCCUAAUUCUUUAUUGAUAAGAAAGUUAUAUGUGGCUGAUUUCUAUAUGUUUACAUCCAGUCAUUCGUUUUGCUCUCUCUCUCUCUCUCUCUC